AUGUCUGUCCCAAAGGAUGAAUAUUCUUUAAGGAAGAUCAGCAAUUUAUCUCUGCUGCCCCCAUCUGCAACCUCCUCUCACAGUACAGAAUUUAACCAAACACUGAAGGAGAAUUGGGCCCUUUGAGAAGCAAAUCAAAACCUUCAACAAAAGAACAGGGCUUUUUGUAUGAAGAACAAAGCCUAUUUGUAUGAAGAACAAACCUAUCAGGAGAAUCAAGGUAUCCAAAGACAGAACAAACUCCUUUGGGAAGAGAAUAAAAACCUUCAAGAGAAGCAUAGGCACCCUUCAGAGGAAACAAAGCACCUUGAGAAACAGCAAAAAGCCCUCCAGCAACAAAAUAGCCUCAGAGAAGAGGUUCGGGCUCUCAAAGGACAAGAAAGAGCAUUUACAAUGGAGGAAAAAGCUCUUCAGCAUGAGAUUUUAGCUUUAUGGAAGGAAAACAAGGCCUUCAUGGAGCAGUUUAAGGCUCAUCAAAAGGACAACAAAGCUGUUCAGGAAGAGGAAAAGGCUCUUUGUGAGGAAAAAAAUGCCCUCAGUGAAGAGAAAUUGGCCCUCCAAGAGGAGAAUGGGGCCCUUCAAGAUGAGAAAAAGGCCCUACAAAGUCAGGAGAAAGCUCUCCAAGAAGAGCACAAAGUCCUCCAUGAAUGGAAUAAGAUACUUCAAGAGGAGGAAUAAAGUAAUAUACGUAAGGAAUCAGGUGCUUAG